AAAACAACUUACAUUCACAAUAGGUGUUUAAAAAAAACAAAAUGGACGUCUCUCUUAUGAGUCGACAAAUCCAAGCGAUCAAUGUGGAGCGUCUUUGCAGAGAGAAUGGGAGUGAAAUGAAGAAAGAAGGUGGCAAAGAAAAAGCCAAAGGCCAAGUUGAGGAAAUGGUUUCAAGGUGGACGAGCUUGUCCACAGGUCACAACUUUCCGAGACAGGGUCCCCAAUUACGGUGCUCCCGUAACCUUUAUUUCCUUCCUUUUUUGCGGCGUAGCCUUCCGGCUAAACUAAUCAAUGGAGGGAUUGCAGGCAUGGUUGGAGUCACCUGCGUAUUCCCAAUCGACCUAGCCAAGACUCGCCUUCAGAACCAGCGAAGCGGUCAGCAGCUUUACAAGAAUAUGAUGGACUGCCUUAUAAAGACAGUUAAAUCUGAAGGUUACUUUGGCAUGUAUCGAGGCGCUGCUGUAAAUUUAACCCUAGUGACUCCCGAGAAGGCCAUCAAACUCGCCGCCAACGACUUCUUUCGCCACCAACUAAGCAAAAACGGCAGUAAGUUAACCGUGUUUAAGGAGAUGCUGGCAGGGUGCUGUGCCGGAAUGUGCCAGGCCGUCGUCACCACUCCCAUGGAGAUGCUCAAGAUUCAGCUUCAGGAUGCCGGCAGGCUCGCCGCCCAGCAAAGGGUGAUGCCCAGUGUGGUAACAGCUUUAAAAAUGGGCGGAACCAGCGCCGUCCUAAGUCGAUCCUAUAACGCUAGCACGACGCCCGAGGCGGCGAGAGCGUCUGCGACACAAAUCGCUAAAGAGCUCCUGAAAACCAAAGGUGUCACGGGACUGUACAGGGGACUGGCGGCGACAUUAAUGAGGGAUAUGCCGUUUUCGGUUGUGUACUUCCCUCUUUUUGCACAUUUACAUCAACUCGGGCGCCAUUCAUCUGAAAACCCGUCGGUGCCUUUCUAUUGGUCCUUUGCGUCUGGAUGCUUGGCCGGGUCGGUUGCAGCCGUGGCCGUUAGCCCUUGUGACGUCGUCAAAACAAGGCUACAAUCCCUUAAAAAAGGAACAAACGAAGAAACGUACAACGGAGUGGUGGAUUGCGUCAGAAAAAUCCUGAAAAAAGAGGGCGCCUCGGCUUUCCUGACAGGAGCUAGCUGCAGGGCCCUCGUCAUUGCGCCGCUCUUCGGCAUCGCUCAGGUUGUGUACUUUGUAGGAGUCGGAGAAAUGCUGCUGGGUUACGCACCCUAUAAUAUGUACUCGGCGUAGGUUUCCCGUUGUAAGACAAGUCAUGUGACUUGCGUUAUACUAUUUGAUACCUGAUAGGAUCUUGAUGCAUGACAGUACCCCCCUUUCCUUUUUUCCGUAAUCAGAUUUCUGAGAUAAAAACAGGUUAUCAGGUGCUCAUGAGACUCAAGUAGAAAAUAAAAAAUGGCAAAUACGGGUCCGGUCUUGUUAACUGGUGCUGUUUCUAAACUUCUAAACAUGGCGGACCCUCUUCUUUGUGUACUGUAAAUCCAUACGUCCUCUGAGGUCGAGUCGCGGGCUCAGACUUCCAUCUCCUUGGCUACUUUGUCCAGCUCUUCCCAGUGAGUGGAUCCCGAGGAGUUCGAAGACCAGUUGGGAGACCUAGUCUCCUGGGUCUUCACUGAGGACUUGGACCGAUAGGACGUUUCCUGAGCACCUCCCCAGGGAGGCGUUUGGGAGGCAUCCGAACCGAUGCCCAAUCCAUCUCAUGUGGCGACUCUCAAUGAGAACUCAACUUCGAGUCUCUACCGGAGAACCGAGCCUAACUAAUUUGGGACCGCUUGCAUCCGCAAUCUUGUCCUUUCGGUUACGACCCAAAGCUCAUGACCACAGGUGGGCGUAGAAACGUAGAUCAAACCGCUAAAUUAGCUCCCGCUUCACCACAC